AUGUUACACCAACAAAUCAUCAUUAGUCACAAUGCAAUCCUGGAAUUUAUGACAAAAUAUUUUCCAUUAAAAAAACAUGUUGAUCAUGAUGAAGAUCCUGAUGAAUUUAUUGCUGGUCAAAUGCAAUCAGAAGAAAAACCAAAAAAAUCUUCAAAAGAAACUAAAUCAAUAAUAAAAAAAAAAACAACAACACCAACACCAACAACAGCUAAUACGACUACAACGACAAGAUCUAUUAGUAAUAAUGUAACAAAAACAAAUAAAGAAAAUUUAACUAUUAAAUCAACAAAUACUGAUCAACGACGACAACAACAACAAUCAAAUAUUUUAAGUGAUAAUAAUCAUCAACAAACACGUAUUGAUAGUGGUCGAGGUGGUCGUGGUUAUUCAAGAAGAGGUGGUAGUGCUGGUCAAGAUCGACCACCAUAUGAAGGUGGUAAUCGUGGUAAUGGUCAACAACGUUCACAACGUUUUCAUAAAUAUGAACCACAAGAAAAUAGAAAUGAAAUAAGUGGUUUUGAACAAAGUAGUUCAAAUUGGGAUAAUGUACAAGGAAAUGAUAAUCAAACUUUUGGUAAUUUUCGUGGUCGUGGUCGAGGUGGACCACGACGUGGAAAUUUUGAAAGAGGUCGAGGUGGUGGUCGAGGUCGCGGUCGUGGUGGACGUGGUAAUUUUAAUAAUCGAAAUUUUGAAGAAGGUUCACAAGAACAACAAAUACAAGAAAAUAGUGGAAUGCAACAAACUAUUGAAUCACAUUUUGACAAUACACCUACUCAAUCAAUUAAAACUGUUGGUCAAGAAUUAGAUACAGAUGUAUCGGGACAAGAACUACGAAUGGAACCAGAACAUGUACGACGUGGUGGUCGUGGUCCUUAUCGUUCUCGAGUAUUUCGUAAUAAUCGUAAUUAUGCUGAUGAUCGUCAAAAUAAUUAUGAACGUGAAAGUGGCGAAGGUGGUUAUGAGACUUUUCGACAUAAUCGUCGUCAACAUGAUCGUCAACCACGUUCAUAUGUUUCAGGUAUUAAACCUAUUGAAAAAAGAGAUGGUGAAGGUGCAUUUAAUUGGGGUAAUCAAAUUGAAAAUCCUGUAGAUGAUCAAAUACCGACUGAUAUACCUGACACAACAGAACAAACAACAACAACAGCAACAUCAAAAGGUUGGGCACAACAAGUUGAUGAAGCUGAAAAACAAAUGACAUUGGAUGAAUAUAAAAAACAAUUAGUAGCUAAAAAACAAGCUCAACAAGAAAAAAUUCCACAAUUUAAUAGACGUAUUGCAAAUGAAGGUGUAGAUCCAAAAGAAUGGCAAAAAUAUGAACAAAAAUAUCGUAAGAAAAAUGAUGAUGAAGAAUCUAAUGAUGAAGAAAUUGAAGAAGCUAGUGGUGGUGAAGAAAAUGAAAGUGAAGAAGAAGUUGAAGAAGAACAAAUUAGUGGAAAGAAAAAAGUUAUCACAAUUCCACUUCGUUUUAAACCAAUUGAAAUUUCACGUGGUUCAAGAGGUGGACAACGUCGUGGCACUGGUCGUUAUCAGGAUCGACCAUAUCGAGAUGAUCAACGAAGAUCUAAGUCACCAAGUCAACAACAAUUAUCAUUAUCUCAACAGGCCGGUGAACAUCAAAAUGAUGAACAACCAAGAUCAUAUCAUGGUGGUUCAAGACCAGGAUCUGGUCGUGGAGAAUUUCGUCGAGUAUAUAGAAAUUCUGCACGUGGUGGUGGUCAUAAUCGAUCAAAUGCUGAUCCAAAUACACCUGAUCUUGCCAAUGCCGUUGAUUUUCCUACUCUUCCAAAACAAUAA